AUGCGCAUGGUCGAGGCAGUCCCAUCAUCAGUAGCAUCUGCACCACCACCAAAAAUGCCAAGCUUGCUAAAGGAAAUUGAAGACCAUGACAAGAAGCGCGGCAACCUGCGUUAUUCAUUCCUCUUCCGCCGCUCCAAGCGCCAGUCCGUCAGCUCUCCCGCCCUCACCGCUGCAGCAGCGACGGUGGCGGCAACUGCUUUGAUCCCGGCCAGCGAUGAUACUGCCCCAUCGUCCGACGAAGCAGCAGCAGCCGCAUCUAGCCGACCGGAAGCACACGCGCUGGACCAGCUCGCCACAUCUGCUUCCAGCCGCAUGCCCGCGCAAUCUGGGCAACAAAGGCACAAGAAGAACAAGAAGAGCCUGUCCGCUGCACUCGAGAAGCUGUACCUCGCGUCUUUUGCCGCCCCUGCUGCCAGUACUGGGGCCCACGCGCGGGGCGCCGAGGUACAGGGCGACGAAGACCACGCCGCGGCGGCGCCAUCUGCUGCGCCUCCACCUGCCCACGCUCCCGCUCACGCUGACUCCCGUCGCGUCCUCCAACACAAUCAAGACCCGAUGCAGCCGCCGCCGCAGCAUGGUGCGCUCCCUUCUUUCGACGCUUGUGUCCCCUUUGCAUCCGCGACUGGCCAAGCAUCGGCAGCGCGCAGUGACGGCGUCCUCACACCCGAGGCUUUCGCUCCGUCCGCGCCGAACGGCGACGCAGGGAGCAGCGGCUGCGACGGAGCGCCGUAUGCUGCGCGCCAGACACGGUGGCGUAUGCAGCGACGCUCCAGCCUGAGCGACCUGCCUGAGCUGCUCAGUGCUGCACCCGGAGCGGCCCCCGCGCGACCCAAGACUUCACACCGCUCCAAGCCUGCCUCUCCUGUCGCCAUCGGCGCGCACGACGGCACCGGAAAAGGUAUCGGCAGCACAAGUAGCGCAUCGCCGCGCGCCACGGCACCCGCACAUGCCCCUGCUUUCCACAUGCCCUUCCAGAAAGGCCUCCAGCCGCGUGUCUGCGGCUCGCGGCUGCUCCGCGCGUCUUGCGAUAGCGGCAAUGCCAGCCCAAGGGAGAGCGCAGACAAACAGCAUGCGUCGUCACCGUCAAUGCCACUGGAGUCGCUGCCUUCAGUCAGCAAGAAUCAUGCCCUGGCUAGCGCUGCGACGCUCGCAUUGGCAGUUCCUCUCGCAGCUGCGUCCUCGACGUCCCUCCGCUCGCUCUCCGAGCAAUGGGAGUUGCGCCAACGACAACGACAACAGCAAGAGCAGCAACAGCGACGAGAACGGGGGCGGCAAGAUGGUGCAUCGCUUUUCCACCAUGCCGAUGGCGCCAGCUCGCGCUAUUGUUCCGUCGACGCCAACGCAGAUACAUGUACGGCGCAGUCCGGUGCCUCGACGCCAGGGACGAGAAUGCGAUCGUCGUCACUUGAUUCCCUCGUCGUCAUCUGCAGCGACAGCAGUGACAGCAUUGAAUUCGUCGACGAUGCCGACGGUGAAGGCGGAGAGGCAUACACCAAUGCAGACGCAGGCGCCGCAGCUUUGUGCGGCCAAUCGCCGUUUUCUUCCUGCAGCCCUAGCAGCAAGUGCGUGAGUAUUACCGCCGCUGCUGCUGUGGCUGCCAUUAGCCCCAAGGACUCUGCCGCCAUAGCGCGCUCACCAGCGGCGCUGGUGGGACAGGCGCACGAUGCGGCGGAGAAGCGCGGCGCGCGGCGGCGGACUGCAUGCUCGCACGCGCAUCGCUGUGCCUCCUCUUCUUCGUCAUCAUCAAUGUCUUCCUUGGCCCGCAUCGCGCGCUCACGGCAGCCGCACUCGUUAUCGGCCAGGAGCAGCUCUGAAUCCAUGUCGUCCUUCUCGACCGUCCUGACGAGCGUCAGCUACACCAGCCGCAACGGCAACAGCAGCCGCAGUAGCAGCGACAGCGGCAGUGUCGCUGCCGCGCGUUUGGCGCGCAAGUCGGCGCCGCCGGGGGAGUCGACGAAUGUUGCUGCUGCUGCCGGCACUGCUUUUUCUUUUGCACCUGCAGCUGCGCCAACACGCACACCGCCAUCGCCCGCGCUCUCUGUGCACCCGUUCCAGACGCCAACGUUCGGCACGAUCUGCAGUGACAGAGGCGCCGGCGCGGACGGUGUGCACGCUCGCUACUACGGGAACGCCUACGGAGAGGAGGACACGGCUCUAGGGGACGGCGGGUGCGCGGAAGCGGACGCGUACGGCGAGGAGAUGGAGACGAUGCAGCGCGACUGGAGUCGGCCCGCGCAUGUUGAUUCGCCUCUGCUUGUGUAA